UUUCUGGGAGGUGUAGUGCUCUCAGGACGAAUGCGCUCAUUUGACUGAUGUGAGUGUAACACUCGGUUAUGUAUCCAUUUGUCCCACAUUUACCAAGUACCCUUUAAAUGUCAGAUGCCAUGCCAGGUGGGGAGGACACAGGUAGGGUCCACCUGAUCCCUGCCCUGGCUAGCUGGGGAGACAAUCAAGGAAAAGGGCAGUCCCACCAGGUGGGCACAGGGUCCAUUGGGGCACAGAAGAAAAAGGGAUGGGGGAGGGAGCCCUGCAGGGUGAUAUGCAGGGUCUUUGAGAGCUAAGGGAGCAGCAUGUGCAAAGGUAGAGAGGAGGCUUGAAGUUUCUCCGUGCUAUUAGCCAAGAAGGGGAGCCCAGAAGAGGUUUGGAUGUAGGGGUUUUGGGUUGUGGGGCGCGCUGCUGGGAAGGACAGGGAGGGAGCAUGAAGAAAAAGAGCAGCGAGACUGAUUGACACCUCACUCCGCCAAGUGUUUGCUGCCCCCUUGUGGUCUCGGGGUGCUGUGGCUCCUGGCCCUUUUCAAACUGCCUGCUGGCCACCCGGCCUGCGCGGGCUCACUGGCCUCAAAUUCAGCAUGUCCGAAGUCUAAAACCAGGAGUCAUCCUAGACUGUUCUCUCCUCCAUCAAAACAGUCGCCAACUCCUCACCAAACCUACCUCCUAAUAUCUCCCAACUUAAUCUACUUUUCUCCAUUCCCACUGCCAUUUCUCUGGUUCCUUGUUUCAACAAAUCAUUUAACAAAUAUUUGAGCGCCUAUUAUACGCCGGUCACCAUACGAGUCUCCGUGGACAAGCCCCCGGGGCCCCGUGGCCUGGAGUCACCAGCUGUUGCUGCCCAAUGUCCCCACCCCAACUACCUUCUGCGCUGCAGCCAGAGAGCUGUGCCCACGAACUGGUUUGGCCCCUGAUGAAAGCCCCCCGUGGAUUGCCAGUGCCCACAGGAUGAGGUCGAAGCUCAGAACCCGGUGACCAAGGCUCUCGCCGCGCAGCAGCAGCCACUCCAACGGAACCUCUUGCUGCUGUCCAAAGUGAAUCCCGCCGCUUCGCCUUUGCCACUUUGGUGUGGUCAGCCGGUAACGCCAGCCCUGCCAUCUUCUAAGGGCCAAAUCCUCCCCGCCCUUCGGACGCGGGACUCCGCUGAUGGCCGCUCCUCUCCUCCGCAGGGGUCUCUGCCCCAACAGGAGUGCCCCCUCCCGGGGCGUAACCGCGGACACUGCGCGUGUGUGCCGGCGUCCCCGGACCUCCCGGCCGUCCCCAGUUUUCCCGCGGAGACGCCGCCGGUGCGGUCCUCAGGCCCCGCCCCCUCUGGCGUGCGCGGCCCCGCGGCCUCGGCGCGCUCCCCGCCCGCGCGCCAUCUUGGCUCCGGGUCGAGUUCGAGGCGUGCGGGGCCGCGCGUGGCAGCGAGAUUCAGACGCGACAGCAAGCAGGAUGGAGCACUACCGGAAAGCUGGCUCUGUGGAACUCCCAGCACCUUCCCCGAUGCCCCAGCUACCUCCUGAUACCCUGGAGAUGCGGGUCCGAGAUGGCAGCAAAAUCCGAAACCUGCUGGGGCUGGCUCUGGGUCGGUUGGAGGGUGGCAGCGCCCGGCAUGUGGUGUUCUCAGGUUCUGGCCGGGCUGCAGGGAAGGCGGUCAGCUGUGCUGAAAUUGUCAAGCGGCGGGUACCAGGCCUGCACCAGCUCACCAAGCUGCGCUUCCUGCAGACCGAGGACAGCUGGGUGCCAACCUCACCCGACACAGGCCUAGAUCCUCUCACGGUGCGCCGCCACGUUCCUGCAGUGUGGGUGCUGCUCAGCCGGGACCCCCUGGACCCCAAUGAGUGUGGCUACCAGCCCCCAGGGGCACCCCCUGGCCUGGGCCCCACACCAAGCUCCAGCUGUGGCCCCCGACCCAGAAGAAGGGCUCGGGACACCCGGUCCUGAGGACCUGCUGAGCAAGCUGUUCUCCAGGCCUGAAUGUCUAAGACAGCUGUGCCUUCUCUCAGAAGCCUCUGUAACUGCUCAACAUCCCCAUCAAGACUUAAAUCACAGAAGUGGGCCUCUGUCCUGCUUCCCCUUCCCUCUGGCGUGUGGAAAGAGACUGCUGUGAGGAGUGACAGGUGUGGGGUCUCUGCUGGGUUCUGGAUUGCUUAAGAAGGGCUCACUCUGCCUUCUGCCUGCAGUGCCUCUGAUCUGCCUUCUGACGGAGGUCCAGGGAGUGGGUUAUGAAAUAAAGAUUCUGCCCAUUUGUCUGA